CCUCAUCCUAGGGUUUUGUAAGGGGUCACGUUGCGCUGCAGCAGUGGAACAGGAGACCGUUCAGCUCCGCGUCAGGCACCUCCGCAUCAGGCACCUCCGCAUCCUCCCUGCGACUCACCUGCCGAUUUUAGUUAAUAAAAUCCACCAGCCAGAAUGACUCAUCAGUACCCCGCAUUGACUCCUGAGCAGAAGAAGGAGCUGCAGGACAUUGCAGAGAGGAUAGUGGCCCCAGGGAAAGGCAUCCUCGCUGCCGAUGAGUCCACCGGCAGCAUGGCGAAGCGUCUGAACCCCAUCGGGGUUGAAAACACAGAGGAGAACAGGCGCCGCUACCGCCAGCUGCUCUUUACAGCCGAUGAGCGCAUCGACAGCUGCAUCGGAGGAGUCAUUUUCUUCCAUGAAACCCUCUAUCAGAGCACGGACGACGGCACGCCCUUCUCCAAGCUCAUUAAAGACCGCGGCAUUGUCGUCGGCAUCAAGGUGGACAAAGGUGUGGUGCCUCUGGCUGGAACAAACGGAGAGACCACCACUCAGGGUCUGGACGGGCUGUCAGAGCGCUGCGCCCAGUACAAGAAGGACGGUGCCGACUUUGCCAAGUGGCGCUCCGUGCUGAAGAUCUCCGAGACCACACCCUCAGAGCUAGCCAUCUUUGAGAAUGCUAAUGUGCUGGCACGCUACGCUAGCAUCUGCCAACAGAAUGGUAUUGUCCCUAUUGUGGAGCCUGAGAUCCUGCCUGAUGGAGACCAUGACCUGAAACGCUGCCAGUACAUCACCGAGAAGGUCCUAGCUGCAGUCUACAAGGCUCUGUCAGAUCACCACGUGUACCUGGAAGGAACACUGCUCAAACCCAACAUGGUCACAGCCGGACACUCCUGCCCCAACAAGUACAGUGGCGAGGAAGUCGCCAUGGCAACCGUCACCGCCCUGCGCCGCACUGUGCCUCCCGCCGUCACAGGUGUGACGUUCUUGUCAGGUGGCCAGUCUGAGGAAGAGGCCAGCGUCAACCUGAAUGCCAUUAACAACUGUCCACUGGCCAAGCCCUGGGCGCUGACUUUCUCCUAUGGCCGCGCGCUGCAGGCCUCUGCUCUGAACGCCUGGAGAGGAGAGCUGAGUAACGAGAAGGCGGCCACCGAGGAAUUCAUCAAGCGUGCUGAGGCCAAUGGUCUGGCUGCUCUGGGGAAAUACGAGUCCUCUGGAAGUGGCACCGCCGCGGGACAAUCCCUCUACGUGGCCAAUCACGCCUACUAAACAUCCACGUUAAUCCCACGUCCCACUGCGACCAAUUAAUAGUCUAAUCUGCUCUGCUAACUCCCCUUCACACUCCCCCAUGAAUCAAAGGCCUGUGCUGUCUACUGUAUGUAAAGGGUUGUCGGAGUGACACGGUUAGAUUUGUGUAUUUAACGCAUAAUGUGAAAAACAACAGUUAAAAAAGGGAAAGGCUCGACUUCUUGAAAUCUAACCAAGGAGAUAUCAAGCGAGCGAUGGCAAACAAAAGGAAUUGAUAUUUUAUGUACUAUUUAUACAGCUAACAAGCUACAGAUGCAGUUUAUAAACGGUUGUGAAAUUUUAAAAAUAAGUCGGGAUAAUAAGUCAGUAUUUCUUCAUUACCUCCUCCUCAUUGUACCGCUCUCUCCUACCCCCAAAAUGAAAACUAGCCACUACCAGAGCAGGUCAGAUUAGCAAGUGUAUCCCGGUGUUUUGCUUCUGUCUGGAUGCAGUGUAGGCUUAUAUCUGUGAAACGCUAUGCUAACGUCCUGCCUGUGGCAUUGGGACCAAACCAGUAAUCAGCAGCGUGAUUACAUCCAUUGAAACAACGAAUCUGACCAGAUAACAUCAGCCAGAAAAUAAACAGCUGGAAGAGUCGAACUCAGAUUUGAGAUUUUCUAGAGGUUACUUGAGCGUAGUUGGGUGUCGACCAUGUCGGGGGGAAUAGCUGUAGCUCCAACAGAGGUGGGUAGACUGUAAACCACUAUACACCAAGAUUCAUCCUAAUGAUUCAUCCUCAUGCUUCUGUUCUCACUGUUCUAAUCACCAACACUGUAGACACGCUGGAUGUCUAUUCUGAGUGUAAUGACACUAGCUCAGUAACACCAUCUAUGUGUUCAGUUGUGUGGAAGUGUUUGUGUUGUGCAAUACGUGUGUUUCACCCCAUUCCUGACCCCUCCGAACCCCAACCAGGAAUAGAAGAAGAGAUAAGAUGGCUUCUGACAGUUUAUCCUUCAAGCGGACCCGGUUGUGGGGUUUAGAGGGGAAGUCGGUCACUGCUGUGCUGAAAUACUGUGAUGUUUGUGGUGUUCAAAUUGUUCUUUAAACACUUGGUGUGUCAAAUAGUGGAGAAAAAAAAUAAAAUGAAAUAAAAAUGACAAUUAGAAAUCA